UUGCAGGAAGAGAAAAACCCAGGACAUCAUGGUGGCUUCUCGUGGUGGGUUGCUGCUAUAUUCAUCGUGGGAGAAACCGCUGGAAGCGGUCUCGUUGCGAUGCCGAAUGCCAUAAAACAUACAGGUAGUUUUUUUAUCCCUUUUCGACAACAGUUUGUUGGAACGAGUUUCCAAGCUGACGAGUCAAUGGAAUACAAAACUUUGCCAAGUACUCCUUUUAAUAAAGCGGCCUGUUAA